AUGCCCGCCCACGGCGGAGGAGGAGGUGGAGGAGGAGGUGAUUGCGCUGCUGCUGCUGCUGCUGGUGGUGGUGGGAGCCCCGUGUGUGAAGACAACGCACGCUUCGCCCUCCUUGCGCUGCUCAUCGUGUGCUACAUGCUCUUCGGAGCCGCGGUCUUCUCGGCUCUGGAGCGACCCGCCGAGGAGGAGGCCCGGCGACGCUGGUGCAGCAGGCUGAGCAACUUCACCAGGACUCACGGCGUGAGCGCCGUCGCCAUGGAGGAGUUGCUCCGGGACUACGAGGCGGCCAGCCUGCAAGCCGCGGUCGGUGCCGACGAGCUGAAGCCCCGCUGGGAUUUUUCGGGAGCCUUCUACUUUGUAGGCACAGUGGUGUCCACCAUCGGCUUCGGGAUGACGACGCCGGCGACCGUGCCGGGCAAGGUGUUCCUCAUCUUCUACGGCAUGCUCGGCUGCUCGGCCGCCAUCCUCUUCUUCAACCUCUUCCUCGAGCGCCUCAUCACGCUGCUCGCCUGCGUCAUGCGCUCCUGCCGCCAGCGCCGCUUCUGGCGCAAGGGCCGGCAGGUGGCGGCCGCGUGGGUCUCCGAGGCAGGGCCCUCGGCGCCGGCGGCGGCGGCAGCGGCCACGGCGACCGCUGCGGGCCCCGGUAGAACGCGGCACGACGGCGUGGCCCGCGAGGCGUGGAAGCCGUCGGUCUACCACGUCAUGCUGAUCCUGGGAGCUGCAGCCAUCACCAUCGCGUGCUCUGCGUCGGCGCUUUACUCCGCCGUCGAGGACUGGAGCUACGUGGACUCGCUCUACUUCUGCUUCGUGGCGUUCAGCACCAUCGGCUUCGGGGACCUGGUGAGCGGCCAGGCGGCCGCGACGAAGGUCGUCGACCAGAGCGCCUACCGCUUCGUCAACUUCGCCUUCAUCCUGCUGGGCGUGUGUUGCAUCUACUCGCUCUUCAACGUCAUCUCCAUAGUCAUCAAGCAGCUGCUCAACUGGACGCUCAAGAAGGUGGAGCAGGCGCGGCGGUACCUGUGGCAGCGCGGGUUUCGGCCGAGGGGACGCAACGCGGUCGUGCCCAGCAACGUUCACCGGCACCAGGAGCUCAAUCAUCAUCAGCAACACCAGCAGCAGCAGCAGCACGGUCGUCAGCAGCCGCGGACACAGCAGCAGCAACAGCAGCAGCAACAACACAGCCAGCAGCAUCAGCGGCACUGGCAGAGGAGGCAGCAACAGCAGCAGCAGCACCAGAAGAUGCGCACCAUCUCCAUCGAGACAGACCUGGGCGUGGACAGCGAGACGGACGGCGGGCGGCGCGUGUCGGGGGAGAUGAUUUCGAUGCAGGAUUUCCUCGCCUCCAACAAGGUGUCGCUGGCCAUCAUGCAGAAGCAGCUGUCGGAAGCGGCCAACGGCACGGCGCCAGCGACGGCAUCGAGCGCGCCCGCCGCCGCCGCCGUCGUCAAAGUGGACAACGGGUUUUCGUACGGCGUGGGCUCGCUGGCCAUCAUGAACAAUCGCUUGGCCGAGACGAGCAUCGUGAACUGAAGGAGCCCCGCGGAAUCUGUUGUUGUUGUUGUUGUCGAGCGACACAUUUUGUCGCUUUGGCUCGCGCAGGAGGACCGAUUUAUCCAUCACCCCCCACCCUUCCCAUGCGAGAAAAGGCGCGGGCGUGUUUUUUUUGCAGAGGUUUGCGUGACCACCCUCCCAUUCUGUCUCGUCGGAGAGAUGCCAAAGGUGCACAGGAGCGGCAGGCUGUGCGAGCGGUAUCGAAAAAAACGCAAUGUGUGUGCGCGACGGCUUCGAACGAAGGAGUACAACCACCGGCGUAAAGGUCAGGGCGUUUGCACUACGAGUUGAACCGCGAAAGAAAAAACUUUUUCUUUUUUUCUUUCGAUCAUAUUUUUUUUUAUGAUUGAACCUGAAUAUUUAACUAAAAUGUAACAAUUUAAUUCCUUCACAAGUCCAUCAAAAAGGGCAUGAACGUUCGUUAAAUGGCAGAAGCCCGCCGCCGACAAGGCAAUGCCAGACCAUGCACGAGAACAUCACAGGCCAUUGAAUAGUUUGGAUGGACUCUGCUGCCCCAUCUAACUACAGCACAAGGCGAGUUGCGGCACCAUUUUACUUUCAUCCAUUGAGCGCUUUAAAGCGUAGCCUAAGCGAGCUGCAAUUUUGAAAAUUGUCUUUUGCCGUAUCUGUUCACAAUGGUCACGCGAUGCAGACGACCCUUCAUGCCGUGAUGGAAUGCCGGCAGGGACAUGGAAGGCGACUGCUGACAAACAACAUUUUCACGAGCACAGGGAAGUUUGCGGCACUUUGGCGAAAAUAGAGGUAUGGUGAAAGAAGCGAAGCUAUUUGGAGCGCUGCUUGUACGCUCGCGUUCUUGAGACACUCCUGUGCGCUGCUUUGUCUGGUCUCGUCGUGAGACUCGCGCGUAAGUGGCCCACAUGAGCUGAGCCACGCGGUGUGAAGCUGCAAUUAUAUGCGGCCAUAAAAGCGCGUAUUCAUAAAUGGUACAGGUGGCCACUAAAGCGCCAUUCGUGCGUACAGGAAGCACACUUUUGGCAACAUUACUGAUAAAUAUUCCAUUGAUAAAAUGUUCGACACCGCAGGCUUGUUUGUA